GGGUCCAUUCUGGGACCAGUAAUGUUCAAUCUUUACGUGGCUGAUCUGCAGGAUAAACUCCACUGUCCCUGUUUUCAAUACGCUGAUGACACAACUUUUCUCAUCCACUGUAAACCAUCAGAUGUACACUUGUGCGCAAACGAGAUGAAUGGUGUCAUUUCCAGACUACGUAAAUACUCUGAGGGAUGCAAUCUUGCACUAAAUUUAUCAAAGACAAAAUGGAUGCUUAUUUCUACCCUUCAGAUGUCAGGUAUACAUAAACUGGAUGAACGACUACUGCCGAUUAUGUGUGAUGACACCCCACUAGAGAGAAUCUCUUGUACCAAGUUGCUUGGUGUGUAUAUUGACCAACAUCUCGCGUGGGGUGAUCAAGUUAACCAGUUGCUAUGGGAUACUGAAAGUACGUGCCACGAUGACUUAAGAACUUGGCUCCUUUUCACGUGA